UGUGCAAAUACACAAGGACAACAUGCAUUGCGGACCUCAAGCUUUAUUGACUGCAUCAAGGCAGCAAUUCUGGAUCCUUAAAGGAAAAACGAUGGCUAGGAGCACUGUAAGAGCCUGUGUCAAGUGCACUAAAGCUAAACCAAAAUUAAUGGAGCAGAUCAUGGGAAAUCUGCCACCACUGAGGGUAACGCAAGCUCGACCAUUUUUCAACUCUGGCGUCGAUUAUUGUGGACCAUUUAAAAUUCACUACAAAGUGAGAGGAAAGAAGCCUAGCACAGCUUACAUUGCUAUAUUCUGCUGUUUUACGACUAAAGCUGUACAUCUGGAGCUGGUUAGCGAUCUCACAACAGAGGCAUUCUUGGCAGCACUUCGUCGUUUCAUUGCUCGGCGAGGGAAAUGCCAAACUCUUCACUGCGACAAUGCAACAAAUUUUGUGGGAGCCAAAAACAAGUUGCAAGAGCUACAGGAGGCUAUAUUCUCCGAUAAUGCGAAAACACAAAUUCUCCAGGAGUGUAACAACAAGGGAGUUCAGUUUAAAUUCAUCCCACCUCGUGCACCACACUUCGGAGGAUUAUGGGAAGCUGCAGUAAAGUCGGCAAAACAUUUAUUACUAAAAAAUGUGACGACAGCCGAUCUUACUUAUGAAGAACUUGAAACAGUUAUAGUCGAAAUAGAGGCCAUAUUGAACUCUCGACCAUUAACACCACUGUCCGAUGACCCAAAUGACGUCACAGCAUUAACGCCUGGACACUUCCUAAUUGGAGAGCCGCUAACUGCACAAGCUGAUUGUGAACCAUCGCAGCAACCAAAAACGUUAGGUAAUCGAUGGCAGGCCGUUUCAAAACUGAAACAUGCGUUCUGGAAACAAUGGUCACAGGAUUAUCUACAACAGUUGCAGCAACGUCAAAAAUGGAGAAGAUCCUCAACAAACAUAAAGGAAGGCACUUUAGUAAUAAUGAAGGAAGACAAUGUUCCUGUAUUACAAUGGCCAAUGGGAAGAAUUGUUCGAGUCUUCUACGGGAAGGACAACAUUGCACGAGUGGUUGAAGUUAAAACGACCAAAGGGAUCUUUAAACGUGAAAUUCAACAUGUUGCUCCACUCUUUAAUGAAGAAGAACCCACUGACAAACAUCCAAUUGAAGAAGAUGAAGUAGAAGAAGAAAACAGAGCAGUGGAAGACCGCCAGCUGAGGAAAAGACCAAAUCACGCUUCGAUAACCACUGUCAUGAUUGUCAUGUUUUUAUUAUUACCAUUAGCCUGGGCCCAAUCGAUUCAAAUAACUCAGUUUGGAUCAAAACCAGGAAUAUUUUUCGAGAAAAUUGGGACAACCCAAUUAGCAGUGGCUGACUGGACCAUAGUGGCUUACUUCGAUCUCAAACCAUAUUGGAGUGACAUGGCUACAUUUUCAAAAGGAACAAAAAACUUGGUCAAAUGUGCGCUACACUUAAUGAUGCACACUCAUGUGAAGGAAUGUACCAAUACUUCCAACAAGUAGAGAAUGAACUCAUCAUGGAAAAUAUGCUAUUGGCCAAAUCACGGAAAGUUCGAGCACCAUUGGACAUCGUGGGAAACAUUGCAAGCAGUCUAUUUGGUGUAUUAGAUUCUCAAUAUGCACAAGACAUGUCGAAAACAAUAUCGAAGGUCCAGGACAAUGAAGAUCAUGUCUUGGAGUUAUUACAAAACCAAACGUCCUUAGUUGAUUCAACAAUAAACGUAGUGAAACGAGAUGAAAUUGCAUACGCAAAACGAUUCAACCUAAUUGAAAGUCAAAUGAAUGCAAUAAUAAAGGAUAAUUAUCACUGGUACAUUACACUGACAUCACAACUUACGUUGCUCGCUACGAAUCUACAUCGAAUGCAGAAUGAAAUCAUCAAAGUGUUAACAGACGUGCGCCACAACACUAUUAGUCCACUUCUAUUAUCACCACGACAACUAAAGGAGCAAUGUGAUCAAAUACGGGACCAUUUGAAGCCUGAUCAAAUGUUACCUGUUAGCCAAGAAAACAUACUCAUGGCAUACAAAAUGAUGCAAGCCGAAGGUACCAUAGUAGAUAAUCAUGUGAUUAUAAAAAUAACAGUACCAUUGAUAUCGACAGAGGUAUUACACAUAUACAAAUUAACACCGAUUCCAGCUGCAAAUGUAUAUGGUUUUCAUCUGUUCAAAAUUAAAACACCAUUCAUUGCAAUUAACAACUAUCGAGAUAAGUUUGUUGAUAUGACGACGGAAGACAUAGCAAAUUGUUAUCCAAAAUCGAUAAAUGAUUUCAUUUGUCACAGCAAGCAAUCAAUGUUCUCUACAGAAAUGAGCUGCGAAAUGCAACUAUUCCACAAUAAAACAGACACGUCAUGCCAUCUGGAAAUCACAAAUAAAACGUUCAUUUGGCAAGAGAUGCAUAAAAAGAAUCAAUGGAUAUUUGCGACAAGGACGCCAAUAAAACUCUCAGCUGUUUGCACCGAUGGAACAUCAGAUAUCUGGUUACGCAACACGGGACUACUGACAGCAAGAGCAGGAUGCACCAUACGCAACUCUUUAAUAACAGUAAUCAGUCAAACUGGUAUAGAAACAUCGACGCUCAUCUCAUACGCCCGUUUUGGAGAAAUCGAUGGUAACAAUACAACGAUUAAAAGACAGAACACCACAUCCAGCAAAACAAAUAAAUUUGGUUAUACCAAACUACUGGAUCUUCAACGGGAUCUUGUACCAAACCGAAGACUGAGACUACCACAUAGACUUGAGACGAUCAAGCAUCACCACAUCGCAAUGUACAUUGGCUUAACAUUCAUCAUAAUAAUAUUGACCAUUCACUGGGUAAGAAAAUGGUACAAAGGAGACAAGAGACCUCAGCAAGUCCAGGUACCAGCGGUGGCAAUGAGGAAACCGAUACGACUUCGAGUCCGCCGUUCACCAUUAACAUCGAUGAUUGUUGAAACUACGUUCAACGGCCGGGAGGAUGUACGAGUUCAAGACAUGCAGAAAAUCGUGCAUUGCAGAUAGGCAACAGAUGAUCCUAUACAAACAGGUACCGCUGCGCAUUUACGACCUCACACCAUCUGUCAGCACGCAUGAUAAGGACCUGCAUGCGUCAUA